AUGGCUGUCGUCAUUUCUUCAGAGGACAACUACUUUUCGUCGUCUUCCCUGCGACGCUCUGCUUCCAAGACCAAGUUCGAUACGACCACCUUCAACACCUCGUCACACAAGAUUCCUCCAGCAUACGACCCCUCCUCCAAGUCCUCGUCUGAAUCCGACGCCUCCUCUGUCCCUUCGUCACCAAGAACCGUCCAUGCCGGGUCGGCCGAUAUCUCCUACGCUUCUACCCCUGCCACCAAUCUCUCGAUAGCCUCGGAUUUUGAUGACGCACCGCCUCUCGACGACUCACCAGAGGAUCACUUUGGCCUCCCGCCCUUUUCGGAUGAAAAAUACUACAUGCAUCCUCAUCUUGGCUACGACAACGACGAAGACGACGGUGCCAUCGACCCAUCUACACCCGCUCAAAACUACUGCGCCGUUGAUGACUCGUCAGAUACCACCUCUCGACCCGAGACACCCGAGCUCACCAAGCAUGCCGAGGACGAUGCUACCAUUGCCAGCAAGCCCUCAAGGCAGGUCGACUACCUCUCCCAUGACUGGAAGGAGGAGGAUAUCUGGACAUCGUGGCGCUAUAUUGUCACCCGCCGAGGUGAGGUAGCCAACUCGGCCCGCCUAGAGAAUGCCUCAUGGCGAACCUGGAUGAAGGCCAAGCAUAAUCUCAAAACCAUCUCUCCCGAAUCUCUCAACUGGCUCAAGGACUGCGAUGUAACAUGGCUCUACGGCCCUCUGCAGUGCAAGCCUGGGCACUUAUAUGGCACCAACACUGAGACCUCUAGCUCUGCACUGUCCAAGACGGACUCCCUUGUCAACCUGCAAAAGAAGCCCAUUCUCAAGAAGAGAAGCAUGUCAGAAGUCAUGCUGCAGCGUUCGAUUCUCUCGGCCUCCCUCCUUAAACAAGCUGCCGCUGCUGUCCACGCCCAGGAGCGCAGAGGCAUCCUCACUAACAAGUCCAAGCCGGACGACUACAUUGCCGUUCCCCUAUCAUCCCGUCACCUCAGCGUUACCAGCAACAGCACUGCCGAAUCGAUAAACUCGUCGGGUUUGUCGUCGCCGGGCAAUGAGCGCAAGCACAUUCACUUUAACGAAAAGGUUGAGCAGUGCAUUGCUGUGGAGAUCAAGGGCGACGAUGAUGAUGAGAUGGACAUGGAGACGUUUGGUGAUGACCAGGACAGCGAUUCCGAUGACGGCUUCAUGAUGAAGCGUGUCAAGUCUAAGAAGCGCAGCGUACCCGCUCGUAAGAGCAAGAGCAAACGCAGCACCAACUGUGAGACAAUUGCCACGCUGCCCCCAACGACACUCAAAUAUCGUGGGGACACACCCGAGCCUCCCGAGACGGCGAUGAAGCACAGCCGCAGCCCAAUCCUGUCGCCUUCGUCGUCGCAGGAGACGCUCCGCCCUACCAAGCAGGCUAACCGCUUCUACUUUGGCGAGGAGGACGAGGAAGACAAUGACAUCUCGGUGAUUGGUUCCGGUUGGCGCUCUCCACCCAUGGAGAGCGCACCAACUGAGUCGACGGGCCUGCACCGCACGUCAUCGGGUAUGUUGAUGCCCUACGAAGCUGUUGAGAACCCCACUGGCGAGGGCAUCAUUGGUCGUGUCAUUGAUACUGUCAAUACGGCACGCGACAUUGCCCACGUUAUUUGGAACGUUGGUUGGAGAAAAUAA